UAUGGCGGAGAAGAGACAAGAUGUUGCAUUGCCUGAAGAUGAUGUUAAAGCAUUUCGUGUUUUCAUAAAUUAUAUAUAUACAGAUGAAGCGGCAUUACAUUCAGUAGAUGAAGCCAUUCGUUCGUUGCAUUUUGCAGAAAAAUACAUGGUAAUGCGUAUGAAGAAGCAAUGUCUAUCAUAUCUUAUGAAUAAUAUAUCGUCAGAUACUGUUUUCGAUAUAUACGAAACAGCGUCCCUAUUUCAACAAAAUGAAUUAAAAACGAAAUGUUGGAAGUAUAUAACUCGCUACACGUCAAAUGUUGUUAAGCGAAACGACUUUAAAUACGUAAAAUAUGAAAUUAUUUUGAAGAUUGUAUCUGAAGAUUAUUUAUCGUUGAAUUCCGAAUUAGAUAUGUAUGACGCCGUUAUAAAGUGGGGUAAAGAAAAAUUCCAAGAUCAAUCUUCAGAAGAUUUUCGAAAAAAAUUACAGCCUUUGUUGGGUCAGAUCAGAUUUUUAAGCAUGACCUCUGCAGAGUUUGCGGAAUCUCCGUGCCAAGAUGGCAUCCUUACUAAAGAUGAACAGCUUGACAUACUUAGAGAAAUUGUAACCAGAAAGAAUUAUAAAAGUAACAAUAUCCAUGAUCAAUGGAGAAAGCCAAGAAUUGCUAAUAUAAUAUAUCGGUACUAAGGUUUCUCAUUUCCGGGAAAUUUGCCUCCAGCGGGAUUACGGGAAAAAUAAUUUCUUUUCCCGGGAUCCCGGGAAAUUUCGGGAUGAGAUAGUAAAAUAGAAUUUUAUAUGAAUAAAAAAGAUCAU